AUGGUGCUGUCCGCCAUGUUCCUCCGAAGGCCCGCAUGUGUACCAGUACUGAUGCUGAUGCUCUUUGCCGCUCCUGCGGCCGGCAGCUAUGAUGGUGCCCUUUCCCAGGCUGCAACAACAGCCUUCGGCAUUGUCUCGCAGUUGCAAGACUCCUUGACUGGCGGUCUGGUGCAGGAUCCAGUUCUCGCCGGCGUCGAAACAAUCGAGCGAUCGGUGCAGAAAGCCUCUCGAGAGGGCGCACAGAUACAGGAGCUGCUGGCUCAGAUCAAGACUGCCCUUGAUGUCGAGCUGUCGCAUCUGCAGUUCGAGGAGAGUCAUGCAGCAGCGCGUAGUGAGCUCAACGUAUUGGAUCAGCGACUCCAAGCAUGCCGCACUGGAGCCCGAGCAGACUUACAUGCUGAUGGAUUGCAAUCUCAGCACAAAGCCUGUCGCCAAGCAGAAGCUGCUGCCUGGACUGCUUUCGCGGAGAAGUGCCCUGCAGAUACUCUUCACCUGGAAGGGCGAAGGCUAUUGCAGGGACAUGCAGACUGUCCGCGUCUGGGGCGGGACUACAAACAGCAGCGCGGUGCAUGCAAUCGAAUCCAGGAUGAGCUGGACUCUGCCACAUGCGCACAGGCACACCACAAGAGGGUGCCUUGCGACCUUCGUCUGGCUUGUGAGGCAAAGGUACUCGACGCGAUGAACACAGCACUGGACACGAUCGAGGCACAAGGACGAGAGUAUUUUGGCCUUGCCAAAGCCAAGUCCUCUGUCGCUUGUGUACUGGCUGGGAUGGGGCAGCCGGGUGAAACUGCAGAUGACGCUUUGAAGUCCUGUCAUAAGCUGGACGAGGAAUCGGAAGUGCAGGCUUUCAUGCUCUCUCUGCCAUCUUUGCCGCAACUAAGCACCUGCGAGCCAAUGGCGGUCCUCCUUCAGGAGGAAGCUACUGGUGGAGUCGUGGACUAUAGCGACCUGCCGCACAAUGCACCAGCCAAGACAUGUUCCAGCGCUUGCUGCAGCUCACUCCUACAGGAUGACCCCGUCGUGAAUGCAGAUGACUACGAGCAGGCGCAUGAUGAGAAGCCCCCGAUUGCCCUCGACGGGUGCGUGGCGUGGUUCCGUUCAGAGGAUGCGGCGGUGCCAUGGCCGAGCACCAUCGGAUCGCAUGAAGGACAGGUUGUUAGUCGCAAGGCUGACACGAGCCUCGAAAUCGGCCACGGCGCCAAGCGCGGGGUUCGCUUCCUCCGCGGGGACGAGAAGACCCGCUUCGACUUCGGAGAGGUGCUGCAAGAGACCUACAGCAUCUGCUCAAUCACGCGUUACACUGGAAAGCCUUAUGGUCGGAUUCUUCAGGGUUCCGAAGGAAACUGGUUGCAUGGGCAUGUAGCUGGGAAAUCUGGGGUCAGCUGCGAAGGGCAAGCCAUGCCUUCAACUGGAGAGCUGGAUUGGGUCGUGGUCUGCUCAACCAGCGAUGACUCGAGGGAUGCACUCGUAAAUGGAGACGCUGUUUCGCAAGAUUCUUGUCAGCCUGCAAAUGUGAAACUGAAGCAGAACCUUGUCAUCAAUCAUGGAAAGAUGUGGGAGGACGUUUCCAAGUGGGCAGUGAUGGAGGUCAUUGUUUGGAACAGGGUCGUGUCAGUGCAAGAGAUGAAGCAAGCUUCCGACUACCUGAAUGCAAAGCUGGCUGAUGGCGUCGGUGUGGACUUGAAAAUCAGCGAUGCAGACGGGGCCUGUAACGGGCGCCGAGUGCAAGUCCAGAUGUCGUCGAAGACUGGAGAAGGUUGGUACCACUAUGCAGACAGCGGUGAUGCAACGGACAAGCGCCAGUAUCUGUUGCCUGAUUCGUCCCUUGGGACCUACAAAGUCCUUGAAAGCCCUCUCCCAAUCGUCAGCCAGCGGAACCCCGAUGAGCUCGCGCCCUGGGGACACUCCUCCCUGCGGGGCAAGGCCUUCGUGGUGAUGGGCAACCAGAAAGGUCCAAAGAUGCUCUCAGUUUUCGCGAUUGACAACAACCUGACGAUCCGGAUUUCCAUCAACGGGACGGACUUGAAAGACGUGGAGCUGGAGCAUGGCUCCGCAAGCUACAUCGAGGGGGACUUUGAAUACUCUCGUGUCCUGCUGAUGGGAACUCGUAACUUCAUUCUGACGAUGAGUGGCCUGGACCGGACAUACAGCACUCCCGUGGCGCCAGCCGCCAAAACUAUUUACGGCCCAUGUGCCGAAGACUGGUAUGUGACAAGCCUUAAGGGAACGCCCGUCACCAUCAAGCAGGAAUGUUCUGAUGGAACUUCGCAUGAGUAUACUGCCGGUACGGUGAGCUGGAGAAUGCACGACGAUGCCCGAACCUCUCACUACACAAACGGUCCUCAGGUCAGCAACGAUGCCUUGUCCAAGUGCGAGACGUGGACAGGGAGCUUGGCUGCUGCUGUCAAAAAGUGCGAUGACUCAGCAAGUUGCCUUUCCUUGCACGAUGCUUUUUGUGAUGGUCGAGAAUGGCGAAUCUGCUCCGUCACUGCUGAGACCUUGAAGAGUGUCGAUGCGGGAGCGACAGAUGCUUGCACCAAGGUGAAGGGUGCCUCUGCUGCCUCUCUGAUAGCAGACACGCGGUCGCCUGCAGGAUGGUACCGUGUCGAUCAGAGCAAGAAGACGUGCAAUGCUACCUGCAGUGCGCUCUCAUUAGUGUGUUCAUCGGACAGCUCUUUGCUUAGCUCCGAGAACAAGAUGAAGAUAGCAGUUGGAGCAGUUGGGGGAGCUUGUUCCUCAGUUGAAGAUGCUCAGAACGGCACACUGGCAGCAACUUUCCGACCAGAUCCCAACGAUGCUGGAACCACAAUAUGCACUCCUGCAAGUGAAAGUGUACCGUUGGACUGUGGCCAGGAAAUGCCAAACGAUGAGACUGUUCGCAUCUGUUACUGUGGCUCCGGUGUCGAUGAGCUGUACAAGAUGGCAAGCAAAGGCAGCAAUGUUUGCCCCGACAACUACCGAGCGGUUGAGUCCAAGGAAGACUGCCAAGCGGCAGCUGAGAGCGAUCUCGCUGGCAUUCCUCCUCCCAUUGCGUGGGAUGCGCAGGAUCCCAACAACCAGGGUUCGCCUUCAAGUUGCUUCAAAGAUCUGGAGACUGGCAAGGUGCGCUUCAAUUCCAUUUCCAUGAAAGGUUACGAAGAGCUCGAUGCGUGGCAGACCGCAGACCACCGCAAGAUCUGCAAAAAGGCUUUCGAGGGUCCGCAGGAGGAGCCCAUGUGCAAGUUUACCGCCACAGAGGACCAGACCUUUCUGGGGGGCAUCUCCUACGACCGCGUCACUGGCUCCACGGCGAGUGCAAUCACCUUUAUGCCGCCAGGGGUCUUUCAAGGAGAGACCCAGAUGCCGUUUGGCAUUUCACAGAUCAAGCUGAUCAGUGACAAGAAUGCCACCUGCAAGAUCAAAGGCAAGAAAUACAAGCUGCACGGUCAGUCGGGAGUUUUCUCGCUCAGACUAAAGGACAAGAACCUCAGUCCACUCGAUGUGAUCACGUGCAAUCAGAACAUUAUGGCCGUCGGCUUUAAGAACAUGUCCGGUGCCGUUGCAGAGCCCCGAUUGAAUCUGCUGUCGGCAACUGCAUGCCAAGCAGCGAACAUGCGGGGAGUUGGAGGCCUGCAGCUGGACACAGUGUUGCACCUGGAACCAGGGUUUGUGUUCGUGAAAGUCCUGGAGAAAUCCGCCAAAGGCGAGAUCUAUACAAUUGGAAAAGAGGAGUUCAACGAGCUUCUUCAGCCGUACAACAAAUAUCCGGUCGUGAAGCGUAUCUGUCCAUCGUGCGCAGCAACUCACACCGAGAUCGUGUAUCGUCGGUUCACACCUUUGAAGGAGUAUUCGCCAUACGAAUCGAUGUCUUGUGCGUGGAAUGAAGACCCCGACAACGUGGAGGGGAAAGACUUCAAGCUCUUCAGCGAUCUGAAUGACGCCUUCGCGGACGAGCACAAGUGGUCCGCUUGCAACUUCGCUCCGCUGGACAGUUUCAGGGGUUUCCCUUUCGAGAGUGGUCCCCUCCUCGCGCUUGGCGAACAGUGGGACAGCAUUCCUGUGAACGCAGGAGACUCGACGGGGAAGUGCACGACAGACAAAGGCGGCCGUGCUACGGCAUUUUACAUGCUCCUUCCCAUCGUCCCACAGAAGUUCAGGCUCGGCUUGUCCGUCGAUCAAGAUGGCCGCAUCACGAGCCUGGAGGAGACAGAAUUCAAUCGACGAUUUCAAGAGAGCAGGUACCACAUCAUUCUGCGAAAGUGCCAGGAAUGCUCAAAAAGCCACAGGUAUGUUUUCUAUCGGCGGAUGACAAACCUUGACACCUAUGAGCCCUUCAAAGCGCUGGCCUGCGACUGGAAGGCCGACGAGGCGAACGCUUACCUUGUGGAUUUCAAGCUCUACAGCACACUCCAGGACGCAUUGGCGGAUAACAAUGCCUGGGAUUACUGUGCCUUCGACGGCAACGGAUUUCCGGGCACGUGCAGUCCAACUGGGGAAGCAAAGUCUGGCCAGGCCAGCUACAUUCCAGUGUCCGGCUGCACAGGGACAUCGAGCAAGGCGGUUUCCUUCGAGCUCUACGAAGAUGAAGACUUGGAUGUUGAUGACUUGCAGGAUGUGGAGGAUGCCGCCGGCGAUGCGGUCCGAGAUGUCAAAGAUGCAGCGCUUCCGUCGGCCAUUGUGCCGUCGGAAGGUAUGGUCUCCUGGUUUAGGAGUGAAGAUGCAGGAGCGAGUUGGAAGAGCAGUGUGGGACCCUUGACUGCAGAGGCAAAGGCGGGCAGUAUUCGCACGGCCACCCGUCACUACGGAGCAGAGCUGAAGCAUGUGUACGGUGAUAGCAAGUCAAGCUUCAGUUUUGGAGACAUUCUGCCAGCCACCUUUACGAUGUGCUCCUUGUCGGCCUACACCGGAAUUACGCAGGGGAAAAUUCUCCGUGGAGAGAGCUUCUGGCAUGGUCAUGCCGAUGGGCAAGCGGGCAGCGUCUUCUAUGGCGGCCAGUGGGUGCGAGACGAGAAGAAUCUGACCGGAACUCGAAGCUGGAUUGCUCUUUGUGCUUCGAAUCAACAUGAGUACAUCUUCUUGGAUGGCGUUGAGGUGCCUGCCAAGUUUGCAGGGGGCGGAGGCAACACAGCAAUCGGAGUGAACGAUGGUCCCGAAGACGAGCAUUCAGACUGGGCAGUGGCGGAAGUCAUGACCUGGGAUCGAGUCUUGACCCGCUCCGAAAUGAACGACGUGCAAAAUUACCUCCGCGCAAAGGCAAAAACUUGCCAACCGGAGCAAUCGGCACAGUGCGAUACGGCCCCCUGUGUGUCGCUCUUCGUCGGCCCAAAUCGUCACAAUGUCAUGUUCCGCAAUGAUGAUGGGACAGCGACAGUCAAAACCUACAGUGGGACGGCGAUUACCUGUGUUUGCAAAGGACACUGCGUCGGGCUGGUGGGCUCUUGGAGAUGCGACGAUGGACCCUUCGGUGGGCAAUACACCAUCAGUCCGAGCUACAGCGACGACUGGACACCGGAGACCAAUCGUGACAGCCUGCUGCUUUGCACAGUCGCAAGGCCUGUCUGGUCAGAGAAGGGCGAGGUCGACAGCAAACGCUUCGCCCUUCAAGCCGGUGUGUCGAAAGAACUCGUGAAGGACACGUCUUUCACCUUGACUGCGACAAUCCGACGAGAUGCCGCCGGCGGGCCCCAGACGCUCUUCAGCUCCAGCUAUGACUCUUCCAUCGUGGACAAGGAUCUUCGAGCAUUUGUCAGCGCGGACUCAACGUUCACCUUCCACUUCGGCGGCCAAUCAUGCCAGACAGCACCAACAGAGAUGAGUGUGGCCGGUGAGUGGCAGCAUUUGGCUUUCAUGUACGACAUGGAGCAGAACGAGACCAGGAUUUAUCUCAACGCGCUUGAGGUGAAGUCUUGCGCCUUUACGUCGUCAUUCUCGCCGGAUGAUUCUGCAAAGUUAGUACUUGGUGCUUACAAAGACUCGAACAUGUGGAUCGGAGCAAUGAAGGAAAGCGCCAUUUAUGCGCAGACUUUGAGUACACCACUCAUCGGGCGCUUGGCAGGUGAUUUGGCACUGCCGAAGGCCAUGGUGUGGUUCUCGCACGAAGACAGCUGGAAUCGGAAAAGCUUCGUCGAGGCUGUGAGCUUUUGUGCGAAGCGCAAGAUGAAGUUGGCGCAUUUCGAAGACUACUGCACGCAGAACAGUGAUGGCGUCUUCACUGUACGUCCUCGGGUGGCUCCUGGCGACCAGUGGGCACCAUACGCGGGUGCGCAGGAGAAUUCCUGGGUGCAGAUCGGCAAUGGAGCCAGCACGAAAAAUCCAGUGGAGCCCUGCAAGACCUACGAGCAGCAGUUUGGCGACAAGCCCAAACAGCUAACACCACCAACUCUCCGACUACGAUUUCCCAAUCCUUUGUCCUUGCACUGUCUGGAGUGCUGUGUACCUGAUAAGACUCUUGCCAUGGCUACAUUGUGGGAGCAGGGUGCAGCUGACAGACAGGUGGUGAUCGACGCUGGUGCUGCCAUUCGACUGAAGCGAUUGGAGCGCUUCGGUGGUGAGCUCUUCACAACGAGUGGCGUUUAUGCCGAGGUGCGAGACGAGCAUGCAAGAGCCCUUCUGCAGACGCUGCCAGUUGAGCUGAAGGUCCUGGAGCCUCGACCAGAGGACAGUGCAGCCAUGGGAUCCGAGCAGUCGCUCCCUGUUGCUGCCUUCAGCCUCGGUGACAGUCCCGUUCAGCUUGCUGCCACGGUUCUAUUCCAUGUUCCCUCAGCCUCGAAGCUUCGGGGCUCCGAGCCUCUAGAUGCCUACCAUACCUCCAUCGUCGUGGGCCAGGUGGAGUAUUCUUUCAGUGGCCAGGGAAUCCGAGAAACGAAACCCCUGGUUUCCCAUUCGAUGCUCAAGCGGAACACUGAAGUGAGAACCAUUGGGCACACGCCCUUCUCCGGUUAUCAGAUGGUGGCAUUGCUGAACCAGUUCUUCCAACCGGCCACCUACGAUCUGCUGUGCAAGAAUUGCAACAGCUUCUCUGACUGUGCCCUGUACUUUCUGCUCGGGCAGCGGCUGGAGGGAAAGUACUGCAGGAUGGAAAAGUACGGAAAGACUGGGCAGAAGCGGAUUGGCUUGAUGUCGGGACUGAGGCUUCUAGGCAUGAACUACCAUCCGAACCCGAACUCGCAGAGUUUCCAGGUUGAGCAAGUCAUCCAGAGGAUCAAAGCUUACAAGGGACCUGGCCACGUGGAGUUGCAGGAUGGCCAUUCGCCUUCGGAGCCCUGCUGCUGUCACCUCUUCUUUUGA